UCGCUGCUGUGCUGAGGUUCUGGGGGGGGAAGGACUGGUCUGUGCUCCGACACAGGUUUUACCGCACAGCCUUGGUUGAGUCAUUUAUCCGCCUGGAUGCAGUUGCUGGAGGGUUUGGUUGUUUUUGCAGGAAAACGGGUUUGUUUCCCAGGGGAUCGUGAGGAAGCACAUGGCGAUGCGGGAGGUGGAAGAAAACAGCAAUUUGUGGAUCAAAUGCUCUUUCCUCACUUUGGUUUUUCUUUCUGGAGAAGGGAAGGGAGGGGAGAGACUCUGGAAAAAUGAAAGCCUGGCUGUAGGAGGGUUUGGGCAAACACCUGAGGAAGAAUGCGACCCGAGAAGCCCUGUCUCAUUGCUCAAAACCGCCCUGAUGUUACACUUCAAGCUCCCAUGAAAGAAGAGCGGGAGGAUGGAUUACGGCGGCUGCGAGUACCUGGUCCCCUGCGGAAAAGACAAAUACAUCUCCAAAAAUGAGCUGCUCUUACACUUGAAGACGUACAACAUCUACUACGAAGGGCAAAAUUUGCAGCUGCGGCACCGGGAGGAGGAAGGCGAGCUCAUUGUGGAGGGGCUGCUGAACAUCUCCUGGGGCUUGCGGCGACCCAUCCGCCUGCAGAUGCAGGACGACAACCAGCGCAUCCGUCCUCCACCCUCCUCUUCCUCCUGGCACUCCGGCUGCAACCUGGGAGCCCACGGGUCCGUGCUGAAGCCCAGCACCUUGCCAGACAUCCAGGUUACGGAUGCGGAGGCCACGCCAAACGCAGAGGCUCCCGGGAGCGGCGCAGCCACCAGAUCGCAGCCGGAGGAGACGCCGCAGCUGAUGCGGACGCGGAGCGACGUGGGUGUACGGCGCCGCGGCAGCGCCCGCACCCCCAGCGAGCAGCGGCGCAUCCGCCGGCACCGCUUCUCCAUCAACGGGCACUUCUACAACCAUAAGACAUCCGUGUUCACGCCGGCGUACGGCUCCGUCACCAACGUCCGGAUAAACAGCACGAUGACAACCCCCCAGGUCCUCAAACUGCUGCUCAAUAAAUUCAAGAUUGAAAACUCGGCGGAGGAGUUCGCGCUGUACAUCGUCCACACCAGCGGAGAGAAGCAGAAGCUGCGAGCCAGCGAUUACCCCCUGAUCGCCCGCAUCCUGCAGGGCCCCUGCGAGCAGGUCUCCAAGGUCUUCCUCAUGGAGAAGGACCAGGUGGAGGAAGUCACCUACGACGUUGCUCAGUACAUCAAAUUUGAGAUGCCCGUCCUCAGGAGCUUCAUCCAGAAGCUGGAGGAAGAGGAGGAUCGCGAAGUGAAGAAGCUAAUGCACAAAUACUCCAUCCUCCGGCUGAUGAUCAAGCAAAGGCUGGAGGAGAUUUCCGAAGGUCCAACGGCAAUGUGAAAUGCUUCGCUGGUGCCCCGGCUCCCGGUUGCGUUGGCCGAAGAGCCAUUUGCCCGCAGGACGUACUGUACCGGAUCCCAAAGCCCCCCUGUCAUUCCCAGAGUGCUCCUGGUGUCCAUCCGGAUUGCUCCGGCUCUGAGCCAACCCAUCCUCCCGCACCUUCAUCUGCGCAGCAUCCUCGAGGGGUUAUUCCUCUGCAAAUGGAGUUUUGCCCAACAAGGCUCCGGCCGGUGGCAGCUUUGGCCAAAAUCUCAAAUCCCUGGAAACAACAGGGGUGGGGGGAAAAAAAAAAAAAAGAAGAGGAAAUCUGUGAGCAGGACGAAGCCGCCGAGGAUGGGGACAAGCGAGGGCUGCAAGCGUUCGAGAACAAGAAUUCUGGCUCGGUUUGAAGAUGCUCGCUUCAGUGGUGCCCGCACAUGGCUCCCGGUGGAGGACCCACGGCUCGGUGGCAAGAGAGCACAAAUAAUUCCUCUUUUUUUUUUUUUUUUAAAAAAAAGCACAUUUCUAUUGCAAUAAUUCACAGGUGAUGGGAAGCUUUUGUAAAUCGAUGAGUCCGCUGGGAAUUUGGGGGUUUUUUUAACACUUUUGCUACCGAAAGCAAACCUGGGGACUGACCGUUGGAUUUACAGCAAAAGAGUAAAUUGCGUUUUUCUGGCGCAUUCCCUUAACCUGCAUCUGGUCGCGUAACCCCCUCCUUCUCCCCUUUCUAAUUUGCACUAAUGUUAGGGACUUUUUAAAAAAAAAAACAAACCCACAAACCACGAUGUCAAACCUCUCUGGUAGCCAUAACAUGCCAAAUAGCUCUUGCAGGAAUAGUUGACGGCAGCGAGCGUCUCUCGAGGGAUGCCGUACAGAAAGCGGGGGCGUGGAGGGAGAGGCAGAAGUAAAGAGGAUUUUUAUUUUGCAAAUCGGUUUUGCAGCAGCGCCGGUGAAACCGGGACCAGGACCGGCUCCGUUAUCACCAUUACACCUGGAGAAACCUCUUUCCUCCUGGGCUAAACCAGCAAUAUCAAUUUUAUACCUCAAUGUGAACUAAAACUCUGACUUUCUCCCUCCCUUGAGUUUUCGCAAUGUAUCUUUGUAAUUUUUUUUAAAAGUUGAAUUUUAAUGGUACCUUUUCCACCUUUAACGUGUGUUAGAGAAGGCAUUGUACAGCACGAAAAGCUUUUUAUGUAUUUGAAGGAUGACUGUGGCAUUGCUUCGUUGAUUAACAAGAAACCAAAAUAUGUAGAACUUAAUACAGAAUGAAACCCCC